GAGCUCGGCCACGCCUGCAGCGAGACCGUCGCGCUGUGGAGCAGCCGUGAAGCCCUGGAGCUCCGCCGCUCGAGCAGGAGGCCGAGGGGCAAGCAGGGGGGCGGCGCCUGGCGCGCCGCGUGCCUGGGCCGCAGGCGGAGCCGCUCGGUCGUGCCCGUCGGCCUCGCCGCGGCCGUCGUGCCCGGGGCCGCCCCUGGGGGCGCCUCUGCCGCAGGUGCUCCGGGAUCCCCGGGCGCCCGCCGCUCCGCGCGCGGCCACGGAGGCCCCCCGCGCGCGGCGGGAGGGAGCCCUUUCCAGCGCACCAGCGCGCUGGUGGGCGACGACGAGUGGGCCCCGCUGCUCAGCGCCGCCCUGUUCUCCCCGAUCGAGGGCGUGGAUGGGGACUGCCGCCAGCAGGAGCUGGAGCAGCGGCAGGCGGUGCUCCUGUCGCUGCUGCCGCCGGGGUGA